AUGCCCAAAUACCGGCUGGGAGGCUUUUUUUUUGACAUCUCGUCGAUUUUGUCCGGACUCUGGCUCUGGGCAGUUUCGAAUUUUGUCACUUUUUGUCCGGAUUGGCCCCCAGCUGUAGGGCCUAAAAUCUACAUUUUUUGUCCGGAUCGGGACCAGGGCUUUCCUGCUAUUGCCCGGGGUCCUGGCAUUCACUGA